AUGUCAGACGCCGCAUUGGCAAUAUGUGGUGUUUUGGGUGGCUGCCAGGCAAAUGUAUUUUUACUAGAACUUAUUAUAGUGAGAAGCCCCAACACUUUGUAUGCCAUGACGUUUGUCCAGUACGUAGUUGUUUCACUUCUUUCUAUUUUUCUUGUGUCCAACUUUUUUGACUCCUCGCGUGGUGGAGGCUGGUUACACAUACGUUUACGACCAAUGCGAAUACUGACAUCACACAAACUCAUUCUUGCAUCCUCCUCCUGGCUCAUGUCUGUGAGCAGCAACUUGGUAUUUGGAUUAUACAUCUCUGUGCCUCUUCACGCAACGUUUAGGUCAUCGUCACUUUUGCUGAAUAUGUUGGCCGGCUACUUUUUCUUGGAGAAACGCUACACACGCCCACAGGUGCUCUGUGCCACAGCUAUAUCGGGUGGCCUUAUUGCUCUUGCAAUGGAGAAGUCGCGAAAGGUUCAGAACUUUAAUGCUGAGAAUAGUAUGAAGACAUCUGAAGGGAAUCUUUGGUGGUUUUUAGGACUCACAGUUCUCGCUUGCACUACUGCCUUUUCCACGGGUCUUGGGAUAUUUCAAGAGUACAUGUAUGCAGCGGCACGUCGUCAAGAAGAAGAAACAAAAAAGAGAGAUGAGUCGGUUCAAUCAUCAUUAUCACCGCCGCCAAUGUGGGCAGAAGCUCUUUUUUUUUCCCAUAUCAUUUCUAUACCUCUGUUUUUCCUGCAACCCGGGCGACUUUUCCGAGAAUUUGCCUCUAUUUCUUCAGAUAGUUACAUACACUUUGCACUGAAUGCCCUUACGCAAUAUGUUUGUAUAACUGGAGUUUAUAUUUUAAAUGACAAAACCUCUGCUUUUACAUUAAUUUUGACGCUGACUCUGCGUAAAUUAUGUACAUUUUCCUUGUCAGUUGCUUACUUUGGUCAUUAUCGCCAUUUUACUACGAUGGAGUGGGUGGCAAUGGUGACGGCGCUGGCAGCAGGUGCACUAUAUCCUUUGUUGCCAAAGGCUCACCCGCCGUCAAAUCUUUGUGUGACGCCUACUGAAAAAGGGAGUAAGGAGCGUUAA